CGCGCCGCGAGACCGGGACUCCGGAUGCUCCUGUGCGGCGCGCCCAGAGCCCGCGGGAGCCGAUCGGGGGCUUGGACCGGAGCGGGGGUGGCCGCUUCCCUGCCGCCAUGCAGGUGUCCAGCCUCAACGAGGUGAAGAUUUACAGUCUCAGCUGCGGCAAGUCCCUUCCUGAGUGGCUUUCUGACCGGAAGAAGAGAGCCCUACAGAAGAAAGAUGUCGAUGUCCGGAGGAGAAUCGAACUCAUCCAGGACUUUGAGAUGCCGACUGUUUGCACUACGAUCAAGGUGUCAAAGGAUGGACAGUUCAUUUUAGCCACGGGAACCUACAAACCUCGGGUUCGAUGUUACGACACCUAUCAGUUAUCCUUGAAGUUUGAAAGGUGUUUAGAUUCAGAAGUGGUCACCUUUGACACUUUGUCCGACGACUACUCGAAGAUUGUCUUCUUACACAAUGACAGAUACAUUGAGUUUCACUCACAGUCGGGCUUCUAUUAUAAGACCAGAAUACCCAAGUUCGGGAGAGAUUUCUCUUACCAUUAUCCAUCCUGCGACUUGUACUUUGUGGGUGCAAGCUCUGAGGUCUAUAGGUUAAAUCUAGAGCAAGGACGGUACCUGAAUCCACUCCAGACUGACGCCGCGGAGAAUAACGUCUGCGACGUGAACGCCGUGCACGGCUUGUUCGCCACAGGGACGGUCGAGGGCCGAGUGGAGUGCUGGGACCCGCGGACUCGAGGCCGGGUGGGCCUGCUGGACUGCGCGCUGAGUAGCGUCACGGCGGACUCCGAGGUGAACAGUUUGCCAACAAUCUCUGCUUUGAAGUUCAAUGGUGCCUUGACCAUGGCAGUGGGAACGUCCACGGGACAGGUUUUGUUGUAUGACCUUCGCUCUGAUAAGCCAUUGCUGGUCAAGGAUCACCAGUACGAGCUGCCCAUUAAGUCCAUUCAUUUCCAGGAUUCUUCAGAUUUGAUUCUGUCUGCAGACUCUCGAAUUAUCAAAAUGUGGAAUAAGAACUCAGGGAAAAUAUUUACCUCCUUGGAGCCAGAGCACGACCUCAACGACAUCUGCCUCUACCCCGGCUCAGGAAUGCUUCUCACUGCCAACGAAACCUCGAAGAUGGGCAUCUAUUACAUCCCAGUGCUGGGCCCGGCCCCGCGGUGGUGCUCCUUCUUGGACAGCCUGACAGAGGAGCUGGAGGAGAACCCCGAGAGCACCGUCUACGACGACUACAAGUUCGUCACCAAGAAAGACCUUGAGAACUUAGGCCUCACCCACCUCAUUGGAUCGCCUUUUCUCCGGGCCUACAUGCAUGGCUACUUCAUGGACAUCCGGCUCUACCACAAGGUGAAAUUGAUGGUGAAUCCAUUUGCGUAUGAAGAAUACAGGAAAGAUAAGAUUCGACAGAAGAUAGAAGAGACGCGCGCCCAGAGAGUUCAGUUAAAGAAAUUGCCGAAAGUUAACAAAGAACUAGCACUUAAAUUAAUUGAGGAAGAAGAGGAGAAGCAAAAAUCUACAUGGAAAAAGAAAGAUAAGAGCCUUCCUAAUAUUCUCACGGAUGAUCGAUUUAAAGUCAUGUUUGAGAACCCCGACUUCCAAGUGGAUGAAGAAAGUGAAGAAUUUAGGCUCUUGAAUCCUCUUGUUUCGAAAAUUGGUGAAAAAAGGAAGAGGAAACUACGGCUCUUAGAGCAGCAGGAACGUCGUGACAAGGAAGAGGAGGAAGAGCCGGAGGGAAAGCCAAGCGAUGCUGAGAGUUCCGAGAGUUCGGACGAUGAAAAGGGCUGGGUGGAAGAGGUCCGGGAGCAGCGCCGGCUCCUCCGGCAGGCGGAGAGGGCGCGGCGGCAGGAGCAGCUCAGGGAGGACCGGCAGGCGGUGCUCAGGCCCCAGUUCUACGAGAUCAAAGCGGGAGAGGAGUUCAGGAGCUUCAGAGACUCCGCCGCCAAGCAGCAGCUGCUCAAUAAGACCCUGGAAGACCGCCUGAAGCGGGAAGCCAGGAGCGGGACGCUGAGUGUGUCGGACACCACAGUUGGCAGCAAGCAGCUGACGUUCACGCUCAAGAGGUCCGAGCAGCAGAAGAGGCGGCAGGAGGCUGAGAAGCUGCACCGGCAAGAGAGGAAACGCCUGCGACGCCCUGCCGGGCACCUGAAGUCCAGGCCCCGAGAGCGGCGGCCCUUCCACUGAGCCGGCCGGCUGGCCACGCCCCUGCGGCCCCAGAGGGCUCCCGACCCGGCUGCAGGGGGCGGUGUGGGGCUGGGCCUGGCCCGUGGGUCAGACUUGGACACUUGAGCGCCUCCCCAAGCUGGCCUCUGGCCUCCCCACACCCCCCAGGUGCAGUCGUUGCUCCCCGUGAGCACUGCCCUUCCGGCCAGGUGAACCAGGUGGUUAUUUGUAAUGUUGUGAAACGCUGGCCGCCAGGUGCAGGGUCAGCUCGCGCCGGAGCGAGGCUGGCUGAGGCCCCUGGCGUCCGGCUGCGGCACGUGGCCGCGGCACAGCGGCAGGCAGGCCCGGGCCCGUGUGUGUGUAGCUUGGGGUCGUUCAGCACACGCAGCGGUAGAGCCACGCUCCAUCUCUAACUUGGACAGGAGUAAAUAAACACGUGUCUUCUGUUUCUCAAGUGCGACUGGAGAAGCUGGCCUGCAACACUCCUACAGUAACACCGUCACUUGAGCGUCGUUUCUGGGCAAGACCAGUCCUUGAAGCACUUUGAAAGUUCACCUUGGGGGUGCCGUGGUAGUUGCGUGGCUUCUCUGUGCUCAGCUGCAGCAGUAGCGCUUCCGACUGCCACGCCGGCCCCUGGCGCGGGGCUGGCCGCAGAGGCUGGCGGGCCCACUUGCCCGGCCCGGCCCUUUCCCUUCCUGCUCCUGUUUCUCCUGUUUCAGCGCAUUCCUCAUCUCCGCAGCCUCCCUUCUCUCCUGACGCACACCUGUGUCUCCUGCAAACCCACCUGCUCCCGCCAGCGCGGCCACGUCUGUGGUGGGGGGGGGGUGUCUACAGGCACAAUAGCAGGAAGGGACCUUGCUGGGCAGCCCGCCCACCUGUGUGGGGAGGCCCCCGCCUCUGUCCCCGACACCUGUUCUCCCCAGCGCAGUGACCGUCCUCCCGGUUACUCCCGGCUCCUGCUCACGGUCGGCUUCCGAGAACACGGGUCGCUUCCGGAGAGCACAAAGCUGAGCCUGGUCCCGCGUGUACUUUACCCUCCUCCAUUGCCUUGCCGGCUUUCCAGAAACCUCUCUCCCUCCCUCCCUCCACGCGCUUCAAGGCGUUACACUCUGUCCCACGGGGGACCCUUGACGUCAGGCUUGGGACACGCACCCGCGUCCCAGACCGCCCGGCGGCUCGCAGGCUGGCAUCCAGCCCUCCCGUGGCAUGGUCCUUUGCCCCAGGUCAGGCCCACUGGGCUGAUUCCAGGCCACUCGUGGGCUGCCCGGGGCUGCGCCCUACAGGAGGGCGCUCGGCCUUGGGAACCUGGCUGCGAGCCUGCACCUGGCUGCUCUGACCUGCAGGAGGCUGCAGCCCCGCCUGCCCGGUCCAGCUUGCCGGUAAGUGGUGGCUGAAGCGUGUUGCUGGGCCUGAGUUAAGCUGAGGCCACAUCCGACGCUCCGCUGGCGUUUUGAGUGACUGUCAGCGUAAAUGAAAUGCAAGUGGAUGUUACAGCAAAACAGCUGUAGGGAUUAACAAAAGGUUCUGUGGUUCCUGGCAAACCUAAUGUUACAUACCUGGGCUCCUGUUUGACGGACUUGGCUUCGAAAGGACUUGCGAACCUCACUUCACCCGUCACGUGAGGUUGGCGCGUGGCUGAAAGUCCACGCCGCGCUCAUUCAAGCGGCGGGUCGUGGCAGUGGCAUGGCCCGUUUUACUCUAAAAACCCGUCUCCACGUGUCCUCGUCGAAAGAGAUGCCUCUCCACAUCGUCGAAGGAGAUGCCUCUCCACACUUAGCUCCCUCAAAACAGAAAAGGGUACUUGAGUCCACAAGAAGCUCAGUCCCCGUCCGUGCCCUCUUCACAGCCCUCAGAAAGACCCACAUCGAAUUACAGGCAUUUCAGCUUCAGUUAAAAAACAAAAUAGGGGGAGAUGACACGAGCUAUGCAACCUCUGUCGUCAGACACGGUCCAG